GCAAUUAAUUAUUAUUUAUUGUUGACAUUCGUCUCGUAAGUGCGUUUCAGAGUCCAAAAAUUGAAAAUUAAGCGAUAAAUCCCUCAAAAAAUGCACAAAUCGCGCUCCAAGAACACAAAAAAGUUCAAACAACAUCACAGAGGCAAACGUCAUUUCCGCGAAGACACGGACAAGCAACUGGCGGAUCGUGCUUCCGAACUUACGUUGCACGAAGGCUCCGAUAGCACCGACAGCACAUCGACAGACUCGUCUUCGGGCUCAUCAGACGACGAAUAUGGGAGUGCUUCGAAGAAAAAAGGGAACAACUCCAAGUUUGACGUGGGCCAUGAACCGUCAUUUACAGUUGCAAUGUGGGACCUUAACCAUUGCGACCCGAAAAAAUGCUCCGGGCGGAAGUUGGCGCGACAUAAUUUGAUAAAAAAUCUGAAAUUAGGACAAAGAUUUCCGGGUCUCGUUUUGACCCCAUCAGGCACAAUGUCAGUCGCUCCGGAGGAUUUUUCGAUAAUUGCUGCCUCGGGACUUGCCGUUGUCGAUUGUUCAUGGGCUAAAAUCGACGAAACUCCCUUCGAGCGCAUGAAAUCGCCUCAUCCGCGUCUCUUACCGUAUCUCAUCGCUGCAAACCCCAUCAAUUACGGCAAACCCUGCCAACUGAGUUGUGUCGAAGCUAUUUCCGCAGCGAUGUACAUCACCGGCAUGAAAGACGAAGCUCGAUGGUACUUGAGCAAAUUCAGUUGGGGACACGCAUUUAUCGAGCUGAACCAAGAAUUGCUCGACGCUUAUGCGAAUUGCGAGUCGCGCGAGGCAAUUUUGCGCGUUCAAAGCGAAUAUAUCGAGAAAGUGCAAAAGGAACGUCAAGAAUCGCGCGAAAAAGGCAUCGAUUGGCCCAGCAGUUCGAGUAGUUCGGAGUCUGAACGCGAAUCCGGGGACGAUGGCGAUAUUGAAUCUUAGAAAAAAAAAAUAUUUUUUGAUGUAUAUUUAUUCAAGAGACACCCGUAGAAAAUGUUAAAAUAUAUUAAAAAUGUGUAUUUUCUGACAACGUGACGCUUU